CAUCAAUCAACACUUGAGACAGCCAAGCUACACCAUGGUCGUCUACUCGUUCUACAUCUUCGAUCGCCACGCCGAAUGCAUCUACAAGCGCCGGUGGCUACCGCGUCCAACCUCCACCGUGGGGAAAUCCCGGUCUGACACUACCUCCGGACAAGCACCGACCGGCCUCGGCCAAACAGUACGAUCAACAGACGAUGACUCGAAGCUGGUAUUCGGGACGGUCUUUUCGCUGCGGAACAUGGUGCGCAAGCUAGGCGGAGACGAUGACAAUUUUGUGUCGUUCACCACUAGCCAGUACAAGCUGCACUACUACGAGACGCCGACGAAUACCAAGUUCGUCAUGCUGACGGACCUGAAGAGUCCUAGUAUGCGCAUCGCACUGCAGCAGAUUUAUAUCAAUCUCUUUGUGGAAUAUGUGGUCAAGAACCCCCUCUCUCCGACCGAGCAUCCUGGCGGUGUAGGUGUCAACAAUGAGCUUUUCGAGGAAUCAUUGGAGCAGUUCGUGGUACACUCGAGUUUUGUCAUGAUGUCGAACCGCAAGCUACGAUCCGAUCCUGUGUUCGAGACUGAGGCUGUGAGGUCGCUGCAUAGUCCAUGAGAUCAAGUCCAUGGGAGGCCGGGAGAGGGAUAGAGAGAGAAAAAGGAAAGAGAAGAGGUGGUAACUCUUACCGCUGGAACAUACGAGCCAGUACCAGCAUGGGCACACACCCG